UUUCCUAUCUUUUAAUGUGUCGCUCUGCACACAUGCGUAGAACAGAGGUGUAUGUUUACCGACUACUUAAUUAUAUUGUCUCCGUACUUUUGCUGUGAUAUAAAGUAAGCCGGCAUAAAAUAAUUUUCUGUGACACAUUUUAUUUUCCUGUUAUUAGCGAUUGAUCUCUUAGGGCUGAUAGAAAAACCUCACAGGAAAUGCAUCAAUGUUUAUGGAGGUGUAUAUAUUUAAUCAUAGUUCUACAAUUAAUUGAACAUCUACGUGCCGACCAAAGAGAAGAGGAUGCCCGAAGGUUGAUGGAAUCACUAAACCAAGCACAAAACGAUAUUUCUUCUAUGAUGUCAACAGUGGACGGUCUAGAUAAUUAUUUGACCACACAAAAAAAACGGGCGUGCAAUCUUGGAUUAAAUAGUCACCAUUGUGCCUUGGCAGACCUGGACGAUCAGCUUCAAUCACGUGAAUGGUUAUCAAACGGACAUAGCCCUGGUAAACGGACACCCUUACAAGAGAAACAUAAAGAAAAACUAUCUGAGGUUGAAAUUAAAAGGUUAAUAGAAGAUAUAGUGAGAAAGCGCCUUGACCUUAAGAACAUUCGUACAUUGUUAGAAGAUGCAAAUGGUAGCAUUAUAGAAAAUAGUAAACGCACAUGUACAGUGGAGUUAGGAGGUGCUUGCCGAACGGAAUGGGCAUCAUCCAUUGCAGACCAAUAUUACUAUUUGAUGUCUCCGCAUAGUCCGGGUAGAAAACGAAGAUCAUUCCGAAAGAGAAUGUCACCUUUGCGGCUAUUUCACAAAAGACUCCAGCAAAUCAAGAAAAGGCAUUCAGCUAAUUGAUCGCAUUUUUUUCUAAUCUGAUGAAUGAAAGAAGAUUACCUGGCUUUGUAUGUGUCUAUCUCUUGUCUACCACUAUACACAUAAAAUGAUAAAGGGUAUGGUGGAUUUUGUUUUUUUAUACACAAAAACGUUUGGUCGAACGACUUGAACACUAAAUAUAUUUACUUAAUGCACUUCUACUAUGUUUAUAAAGUUUAUGAGGAGGAAGUUUGUGCUUCCUAAACUGAACUUUUAAAACUUUUCUGGAAUAAAGAUUCAAAAUAUUUCAAAAAAGAAAUAGUCUACAAUGAGUUUAUCUAUCUUUGAUAGCAUAAAAUUUCAUAUAGAGACUUAUGUGUUGAUAACGCGUGUAUGGAUCUUUAUGAUUUUCCCUCUUUUUUAUUAUAUUGCUUUUGAAGUUUUCAAAUGAUCUUUGUCGUAUUUUCGUCAGAAUCGUUCUCCUCAUUUAAAAUUGCAUAUGCAUGUUUUAUGUAAAUUUUGUUUUUCGUACAUGCUUGUGCAAAACCAACAUCUGUUUUUGAAUAUCUGUGCACUUUAUAAUAUGAAAGACAAACAGUAUAGAGACUGAUAUAUUUAGGAAUGAUAACCCCUUAAAUAAAGUAUUAGUUUGAGUGGAAAGUUUGCAAAAACUAAAUAAUUUAAAAAAAAAACACUAUUGUAUAACUCAUUCAAAUAAGAUAAAGGAGAUGACAAACUCCAGGAAGCUAAACAGUACAAUGUGCAUUGUUUUUGCAAAUGAUUGAACUUAUCGAGGAAAUAUUCUUCGAUCGAACCAUAUUGAUCAAGUUGCCAGGUAUCUUUCAUCUGGUAGAAGCAAGCUUCAUCAUUUUUUAACAGAAUUUCAUUAAUUGUGGAAUAGAUAUGAAUCACGACCCGUAAUAGAAAAGAUAUUCAUUGUGUAAUCUUCUCUAUUUCAUUUGAAUCGUUUUUGGAAAAUGAUGAUUAGAUAAACAUAUUCGUUAACGGUACAAUACAUACUUUUAAUUCGAAGAGUGGUGUAUGCUUAUUGAAUAUGGAGACGUCUUAAAAUGACAUUGUAUAAAAUAUCUAUGUUACAAUAUCAAUGUCUUUCUGUAUUUCCUUAGUUCAGUUUUUCAUUGAUAAAAUUCAGACGAAGAAUACAUGCGUACAUUUUUUUUUUCAUAUUUCAUUCUGUUAUGAUACAAAGGAUUAGAAACUCUGUGACAUACCAUUUAUUUUAUGUAUACUAUUUAUUGCACGAAUCUUAAAUAAAUCUUAAAUAUC